UGCGCAAUACACGAGUCCAUGGCCGGGGAACAAUGAACGAAACUGACCAGAAGCAGGAAGAUUGAGCGUAUUUCCACAGAAAUUCUGCAUGAAACAGCAUUUACUGAAACUUAAAGAUUAUCAACAGUGAAGAAAAGAAAUCAAGAUGAAUUACCAGAAGGUCUACAUGAACCAGAUCCAUUCCAGCUCACUUCUGUGUCAGCUGUCUGCGAUGUGGAAAAACCAGUUACUAUGUGACGCCAUCAUCAAGACGGGACAAGUCAUUACAAAAGCCCACCGAGUUGUGCUGGUGGCAGCUUGUCCCAUGCUUCAGUCCAUGGAAAAUGCAGCGGCAGGUUCACAUCUAGAAGUUCGUCUAGCAGCCGACAUCAAACAAGAAUCAGUCAACACAUUCCUACAGUAUUUAUACGAGGGCUUCAUGAUGUUAACAGAAGAAAAUGUCCGUGAUGUUGAGAAGGUAGCCAGACUUUUACAGGUAGACAGUGUUAUCAAAUGUGUUGCUGACUUUUACAAAUGUAUGCAUACCAAAACAGGUAUAGCGUUUCCUGGUACUCAAUACAAAUACAACUUUAAUGAUCUGAUAGAAUUCCGUCAUGUCCGUGUCACAGAACUGCAGAAAACUGUCCAUGAUGGAGCGGGGAAGCGAUCAUCAGAUUUCCAUCGGCCUGGAAGUCCAGGAAGUAAGCGACCAAGGCUGCACAGAGGGGGAAGUCCGUCAGAUGUUACCGUGAUAGGGUCGGACAAAGCUGAUGAUACAGCAAGUAUGUCCCAUAGUUACAUGUCUGGAGCUCCAGAUCCGUGGGACAGGGUCCCGAAACUGGGGUCAGGCAUGAGUCGUCAGGGUGCUACUGGGAGGAACUCCCAGCCGGGUGUGAUAGAAAUUAUUGAAGAAAGUAUUGAACUUGUACAGACUGAGCCUCCAGAAAAAGAUUCUGGGCAACCAUCAUCAUCCCGUUCAUCACAGAAGCCAUCAUCAUCCAUAUCUAUUGCUGUAGCUAGUCAUUAUAACACUGACCCAGAUUUAAGUAUUGUGAAUGUUUCUGAGAAACCCUUGUCAGCGACACAACCGCCUGGGCCAAGUAGUUCAUCUUCUACACCUCAGCAUGGUUCAAUUACAGUCAGUCCUCUAACAGUAUUCCAGGAUUCACAACACACGUUAUCAUCGCCAUCUUCAUCCUCAUCCUCACGAGACAUGCCAGCACUUGCCGCCUCAUCUUCAUCAACAGACCGACAAACCUCAUUCAGACAGGAACAACCAUUCUCAGGAUUUUCACAAAGACCAGAAUCAGAAAAUGUGUUUUCACCAUCAAAACAGCACCAGCAGCAGCCACGUACCUCAGACAGUCACAUGAGCAGUACACCUCAACGUAUGCCAUUCCCAGUGUCCAUUGCACCAUCCGCAAGUCUAGGAAAACCAUUUGCAGCAGGAAGUGCCAUGCAAGCAAUGGUGACCAGUUCUCCCAUAACCGUUUCUCAUAACUCACCUGUCCCAAGCAAACCAAGGCCAACACCACCACCUCCACUGUCCAUGGGUGUACCAGAUUCCAGUUCCUUACCCAUGGAUGCUGGCCAGAGUGGAGAUGAAAGCAGAGGGAAAAGCACAAAAGUUGAAGUUGCUGAUUCCAUGCAAGAAAGUACAGCUGACUUAACUCCUGACUUAAGUAUAGUCAAGGUAGAGGCAGCAUUGGGUGACGGAGAAACGGGAGGACUGGACAUGCACGUUGAUAUGGCGGAACAAAGCAUACUGCAAAUGCAAGCUGGUACAUCACACCACGAAGAAUUUGAAGAACCAAGUGAUGCAGAAAUCGAGGAAUGGGCGAGAGAAGAAAUGUCGAAUGAGGGUGCUAAUAUGAGCGGAGAUCCCAAUAGCUCCUGGUACAUGGGGUCUUACAAAGGUAUUCAGUUAAACACCAGAACAAUGGUUGAUGCUGGAGGUGCUUGUACAAUGUCCUUAGUGGAUAAGUCACGAAAGCCGCACAAGUCGAUGGUGGAAACGACGGUUCCCGAAUCUUCUGGUAGUGCCUUCAACCAGAGGUGGAUGUCCUCGGAAGCUCCAGAUAAAACAACCCACCAUUAUCCCAAAUCCAAUACAACAUACCAAUACCAUAUGUCUGAAAUGAUGACAGACAUUUUGGACAAGACAAUGUAUACUUGUACAGUAUGUGGUAUUGUUUACUCCACCCAGCCAGAUCUCGAGUCUCACGAGAGAACACACUGUCAGGGUCCCAAGAAAUAUAUGUGUGUGGUCUGUCAUUGCGAGUCUGAUUCCAAGGAGAACUUACGAAGCCAUAUGGAGACAAACCAUGGUCAUGAAUACAAAUUCUUCUGUUUUGAGUGUGGUAGAGCAUUCAAGUCCUACCCUAGCCUCAACAACCACGAUCGUUUGUUUCAUAGAUCUGAUGCAGUCUGUCCAGUGUGUGAUAUCUGUGGCAAAAUAUUUCCUUUUGAAAGCAAACUGCAGGCUCACAUGAAGAAACACUCCCAAGAUCGGCCAUUUGUGUGCCCUGUGUGUGGAAAAGCUUACAAACACCAGCAGAAUCUGAAGGACCACAUCACGAUCUGUCCUGUACCUUUAUAACUGUCUAAUGGUCAGCAUGCUGUCCAGCCUGUGACCUUCGCCAAGGAAGGACCACAUCACGAUCUGUCCUAUACCUUUAUAACUGUCUAAUGGUCAACAUGCUGUCUAGCCUGUGACCUUCACCAAGGAAGGACCACAUCACGAUCUGUCCUGUACCUUUAUAACUGUCUAAUGGUCAGCAUGCUGUCUAGCCUGUGACCCUCACCUAGGAAGGACCACAUCACGAUCUGUCCUAUACCUUUAUAACUGUUAAAUGGUCAACAUGCUAUCUAGCCUGUGACCCUCACCAAAGAAGGACCACAUCACGAUCUGUCCUAUACCUUUACAACUGUCGAAUGGUCAACAUGCUGUCUAGCCUGUGACCUUCACCAAGGUCCUUUACUGACUAUAUAUUUAAGUUGUGAAGUAGAAUCAAUGAUGGUAAAGUUGGGUCUUAUAUUGGUUUUAAGUCAAACAACCCAGGCUCCGAGGCUCCUCCAUCUUGAUCUGCUGUAACUAGAACUUAUGCUGACCCUUCACUUAUUUUACUGUCUGUACACUCUUGUAUCUAGUAAGUUUGAAACCGCAUUCUGAAAAAUCCAAAGGUACAGUCUAAAGGCCCUGCUCAUGGACAACAAUGAUAAAAAAAUGACCCUUUUGGAAAAAUAUUAAGCAAGAAAUGAUUUGACCAAUUUGGAAAAAAAUAAAGACAAAUGAUUUAAUUUUGAGUAUUAACAUAUUUACCCCUGAAUUUUCAUAAUGAACUAUUCCAACCCUUGAAUUGGAAGAGUUCAAAUGUGUCUUCGGGGUGAACGAGUUAAUACGGAGGUACUGCUGACGUGUUUAUAUUUGUAGAUAGUUUUCUAUGAGUUGUUAUAUAAAGUUGAUUUGUUGUGUUAUAUAAAGUUGUUCGAUGUGAAAUAAAUGAUGAUACUUGAAAGUUGAUCUCUUGUUUAUCUGUGGUAUUCAGUUAAACAUGAGAACAAUGGCUCAGAUGCAUGUACAUAUCUUUUGGGAUAAAUAGCUACAUUCAAAUGCCGUCGACUUGUAACUCUCAUGUCAGAGUUUGGUUAUUUGUAGUAACAUCAAUCUCUUUUUCUAAAGUAUUUUUGGUACAAAAUCUCGGCCAACAAUUAUUUAAUUAAGGCUACAUGAAGUGCCAAAACAUCACUUGAAAAAAAGUGAAUAAAUAAAUAAUACAACAUUUGGAAGUGAAAUGAUAAUGUUUCCUAGACAAUCCUUGUUAUGACUGCUGACUUGAGAAUAACCAGUAUAGCCCAAGUUGUCCACGUUGUUUACCAAGUUGCUAGGGAGUGCAUUCAACCAGAUGUGGCUGUCCUCAGAAGUACCAAACAAAACAACCCUGCUUUACCUAAAAUCUUAUACAGUGGGUACGAUGAUAUACCAUCAUGUGUUGGACAGACAAUGUAUAUAUUGACAUAUUGCAAGGUGGAAUCGGUGAUGAUGAAGCCAGUUCGAUAAUUGACCUUUAUUCCAACCAACCUGACUCAUCUGUGUUGAUCCUUGUGUCCUUGUUAGCUAGAAUAACGGGCAUGUUGCUAUCACAACAAAUACUAGCUGUUUAUUGACUGGUUUUCUGUCAUUACAGUGUUCUCAUUAGUGCUGAUCGAGUUAUUUACCGAGAUGAAUGAUCUUUUGUGUCACAUUCUGAUUAUUUUCUUCGGUUUCCUGUAUUCUAGAAUGACUUUGUCAAGAUUCACUUGAAUUGCAUUUCAAUACAAUAUACUGAAGUAAUAUUCUUGUUAUGCUACCUCAAGUAACGUUUAAGGAUUACUUAGUCUUUGUCUUCACAAGCGCUGGAUUUUUACAGAAACGAUAGUUCGCUGAGAAUGUGCAUGAGUUAAAUACAUACCAAGGUUUAUAGGUCAGAUAGCCUUAUUUAGCUGUGAUUGGUCCAUUUCUGAUGCUAUUU